ACACUUCUCCGGUAUAGUUCGACGCAAACCGCCGCUCCGCUUGGCUCUCUCUCUCUCUCUCUCUCUCUCUUGCUCUGUCCCUCUCUGACGCAGUGUGUGCGUGUGCCGCAACAAUAAUAAUCGCCGAGAUAUUUCAACAACGUCGUCCCGAGGAUGAGCUGCUCGAGGAGCCGCCGGUAAUACCCGGUGCUCUCUGCUCUGUCCGCAACCUUGAUUCACCAUCGUACAUAUACGUAUACACAGCGUGUGCUCCUUCCCCCCUCCCAACCCUCCUCUCGUCAUCGUCGAAGAAGAGAAGCUUUUCUUUUCGCCAGAGCAAUAAUUACGAUAGAAAAAUAGAGCCGAGCAGUCGUCAGGAUGUUCGGCUACGUCUUCAAGAUCCUCCAGAGUAUCUGGAACCAUGGCAAUCUCGACGACUUUGCCAACCAAGACAUGGCUGCCGUACAGCCGCUCAUAUCCAACGGCAUGUCAAACGGCUUCGGCAAGAAUGACAAGGCGCCAAAUCACACAGUUCCACGAUACGCAGUGGCGAGUGCAACGGGGCUGGAAGGUCCCGAUCAAAUCUUGAGUUCGGACGUUGAUACGACUUGGGAGCCGGACGGUCGAGUCCGGAUAAAACUGGAUAACCCGGCCGACGAGAGUUACGCGCCUAUAUCAGUUCCCGGUCUCUUGAAGCGGGUGGCAAGCAAGUAUCCCGAUCAUCCGGCCUUGAUUUCCAGACCCGGAGUUGACGGACAGAGAACCACCUACAGCUACAAAGAAUACGAGAGCCAAGUAAGGACCGUAGCCAAAGCCUUCCUUCACCUCGGCCUGGAGAGGCACCACAGCGUUUGCAUCCUCGGCUUCAACGCGCCGCAAUGGUUCAUCUCGGACAUCGCGGCUAUCUACGCAGGAGGUUUCGCUGCUGGAAUCUAUACAACGAACUCGCCCGAGGCAUGCCAGUACUGCGCCGAGAGCAGUCGAGCCAAUAUAAUCGUCGUCGAGGACGCCAAGCAGCUCGAGAAGAUACUGGAGAUUAAGAAAAAUCUUCCGAAACUCAAAGCCAUCAUCCAGUACGACGGAAUUCCCAGUACGAAGGAUGUGCUGAGUUGGAACGAACUGUUAGAAAUAGGCCAGAGGCAGUCAGACGAUCAGUUGGAGACUGUGUUGAAGACCAUCGGUAUAAACGAGUGCUGCACGCUUGUAUAUACCUCGGGAACCGUUGGCAAUCCGAAAGCUGUAAUGUUGACCCACGAUAAUCUUCUGACCGACGCUAGAGCUAUCUUGGCAGCCGGCGAUCUGAACAGAGAGGCGCAGGAAACCGUUAUUAGUUUUUUGCCCCUGUCGCACGUGGCUGCACAGGUUGUAGAUAUCUUUACUUGCAUGCUGAUGUCUGCGACCGUCUACUUCGCCGACAAGAACGCCCUGAAGGGCAGCCUCCUCGACACUCUCGUAGCAGCCCGCCCAACCGCCUUUCUUGGUGUUCCGCGAGUGUGGGAGAAGAUAUACGAGAAGAUGCAGGCAGUGGCCCGAAACAACGGACCGAUCAAGACGUGGAUCGCCAACUGGGCCAAGGCUCAGGGUCUGCAGUACAAUCUCGACCGCAUGAACGGUGUCGAGUACAAGUCCUGGAGUUACCUGAUAGCCAAGUGGUUGAUUUUCCGCAAGGUCAAGGCGGCGCUGGGUCUCGACCGCUGCCACGUUUUCGGCACGGCGGCGGCACCCCUCAGUACCGAAGUCAAGAAGUACUUCAUGAGUCUAGACAUAGUCAUCAUCGACGCGUACGGCAUGUCUGAGUGCGCCGGUGCUCAUUCGCUCGGUACCAGCAAUGCUUUCCGACUAGGAAGCGUGGGUCGCGCUCUUCCGGGAUUCCUCACCAAGUUGGACAACGUGGACAACACAGGAGAGGGUGAGAUCUGCAUGGGUGGACGACACGUUUUCAUGGGCUACUUGAACGAACCAGAGAAGAUCAAGGGCACGAAAGACGAGCACAAUUGGCUGCACAGUGGUGACCUUGGCAAGAUUGACAGCGAUGGUUUCUUGUACGUGACGGGAAGAAUCAAGGAACUGGUAAUCACGGCCGGAGGUGAAAAUAUUCCGCCAGUGCAUAUCGAGGAGUUGGUGAAGAAGGAAUGUCCGGCCUUGAGCAACGCCAUGCUCAUUGGAGACAGAAGAAAGUACUUGACUAUGCUAGUCACGCUAAAGACUGAAAUGAAUAUUGACACCGGAGAACCCCUAGAUGCACUAUCUCCAGAUGCUAGGAAGUGGGUAAAGGGCUUGGGAAGCAAAGCAAAAACUUUGUCCGAAGUGCUGCAAACUAAAGACCCACUUAUUUACAAGGGAAUAGAAGAAGCAAUCACCCGAGCGAACGAAAAAGCGAUAAGCAACGCUCAGAGAGUUCAGAAGUUCAGAAUCCUACCCCAUGACUUUUCCGUGCCGACAGGUGAACUGGGACCAACGUUGAAACUCAAGCGAAACGUUGUUGUGAAGCAAUACGCUAAUUUGAUAGAAGACAUGUAUAAAGAAUAACGGGGGAAGCGCUAAAGCAAUUAGCCAACGGAAAAAAACAAUUGUCCAGGGAUCAGAUUCCUCGGCAGAUUCAAUCAAAAGGUGAAUCUAGCUCGUUCGCCAAUCUUAAAGUAACUGUUCCAAAGCGUUAACGAAAAGUCAGGAAUUUAUUAACGAACUCUUUUCUACACACGGCGUCAUCCAUGAUAUCCAUUCGUGUCGCGUCAAACAAUCAACGGUUACCUACUUACGUUGAAAAAAAGUUACUGGCCGUUGAAUAUUUGUGAUACUUUGUAAAUUUAUCUUCUUUAACACGUUUUUUCGUUAUGUUAUGGAAAAAAUCUGUUUUUUUUCUUUACUUUUGAGACUUUUGAAGUUGUUAGAACAGCUCAAAAAGCUCACAAUAAUUUAUUCGAUUAUAUCUUUUCUUUCUGAGCUAUAUCUUUUUCUCGAAUAAGUAAGAUUUACUUAUUUAGCUCUACUUUUGUUACCACUACUAAAUUUGUUGUUAUGAUGUUGUAUAUUUCUAUUAGAAACCUAUCAUUACACUUCUAUGCACUAAACUAGCAAUGUAUCUUGGUGUCAAUGCGAUGUUGAAUCAAUGGUGAUACAAAGUGCGGCAUGUACAUAUUGUGAAUAUGAAAAUAAAAGUGCCUUUUUGCAACUGAAAUUACUAAUGCGUGUAUGAAUGGCAUUAACAAAAUUCAUUUUGCUCAUUGCAUUGCAUGAUUUAUUUUGUUUCUUUCUAUUAAAAUUACUGGUGUUCUUUUUUUGUGGAAAGCAAUCAUAGAAGAUUAUACUUAAUUUCCCAUGUGAUUCGUAAUUAUAUUAUUUGUUAAAUGGUCAUAGUGUAAAAAAUUAUAAUUAUGAAUAUAAGACUGACUGUCUGAAUUAAUUUGGGGACAAUGAGAACACAAAAAUUUGGUAGUUAGAUAAGGUAAAGUUAUAAGAAAAUGUGCAUAAGAAGUUAUCGUUUCUUCUAUAAAAGAGAAAUCGUUAAAUUAGUGAAUUAAGUUUUUACUAUAAAAUAUGUAAAAUAAUAAGAUGACAUUAAGGUGCAACAUUAAGUAGUUUCUAUUUUAAGUCAUAAUACGAAAAUGCUACUUUUUAGUUACAAUAUAUGGAGUUUCGACCGUGCGAAUAUUUGCAAUUGAAACAUUAUUAGUACUUUAAUGACAAUAAUGUAAUGUAAGUUGGUCCAAAGAAUGCUUUGUCUUAGGGAUUUAAAAUCUCUUUACAUUUAUUAAAUAAAUUAAUCAUCAUAAUA